UGACAGUUGACAGUUGAUACACGUACGGAGACUGUCCAGCGAGGUGUAUAAAUAGGACAUGUUUUGCUACAAUUAAUUUAAAAACAUCUCGUGGUGAAGAGAUGAACUACCAAGAGUACUUAAUAAACAAAAUAUUUACUUAAAGACAUAAUUCAAUAUGAUUGAAGGGUACGGGGCAGUCACCCAAGCCCUUCUGGGGACACUAUUGACGUGGGGACUUACAGCAGCCGGCGCUUCUUUAGUAUUUUUUGUACGAGGAAAACAGAGAAAACUUCUUGAUGUUUCACUUGGUUUUGCCGCUGGUGUUAUGACUGCGGCAUCAUACUGGUCACUCUUGGACCCAGCAAUAACACUUUGUGAGAAGCAAGGGAUAUAUGGCAAAUAUGCUUUCCUGCCUGUUGCUGCGGGAUUCCUGCUUGGAGCUGUAUUUGUAUUUGGAACAGAUGUGUUCUUAGACUAUUUGGGACUUAAUUCAACAAACAUGAUGAUGUCCAUAACGAAAAGUAAAGAAGGCAAAGAGAAAAUAGAAGACUUGGAAAUGAUGACGGCGUUGAACCGGCCGUCGGUGCCUACGAGCGUAGUCACGUUAGACCCCGUGCAGCCGACCGACUUCGCGGACUGCAUCAACAGCCAGCACGCGACACAGCGGCGGCGGCAUCACCACUCACAGCACUCGCUCUCGAAACCCACAGAGAACGGCGAGGGCGACCGCCGCGACAGCCUCCAGCGCUCGCUGGAAGCGCGACAAUCGCAGUGGAAACGCAUCAUGUUGCUGGUGGUGGCCAUCACCGUGCACAACAUACCUGAGGGGCUCGCCGUCGGCGUGUCAUUCGGCGCGGCGGCGGCCAGCGACGACGUCGCUAACUCCUUCCAUGUCGCCAGGACAUUAGCCCUGGGCAUCGGCAUCCAGAACUUUCCAGAGGGCUUGGCGGUUAGUUUGCCGCUGCAAGCCGCGGGAUUCUCCACUUGGAGGGCGUUUUGGUAUGGCCAGUUGUCCGGCAUGGUGGAGCCAGUGUUCGGCGUGCUGGGCGCGGUAGCGGUGGCGGCGGCGGAGCCCGCGCUGCCCUACGCGCUGGCCUUCGCCGCCGGCGCGAUGAUAUACGUCGUCGCCGACGACAUCAUCCCCGAAGCCAACGCCUCAGGCAACGGUAAGCUGGCAACGUGGGGCUGCAUCGCCGGCUUCAUGGUGAUGAUGUGCCUGGACGUGGGGCUCGGCUAACGACCCGCGCCCUCCCUUCAUGUCUUCUCACCGCGACCACGGCUCCCAGAUAACAAUCACUGUAAAGUGCAAGACAAACUGAAAACAUACAGCAGAAACGUCCAAUCUGGGCUAAAAGUAUGGAAAGAAGUCUAAUAUGAACUAAUUGUGUAAUAACAACAACUAUAAUGUUUAGUGUUGGUGAUAUAUCGAAAUUUCAUACGGUUAUUUCUUUUUUAGUUUAUCUUGCGCUUUAUAAUAGCAACUGCAUAUGCCCAAAUAUUUGUGCACCAAAGAAAUUGGGCCUAUGAGUGGGUUUAUAUAUGAAUCAAAGUUAGCCGGGCAUUGCAUUGUUAAGAUUAGUUCAAAUGUUGGUAAGUAAUGCCUACUUUUUCUAUGGUACCCUGUGCUCAUUUUUUUAUAAAACAUUACUAUAGAUGACUGUCGCUUAUGUUCUCACUGUCGUAACUACAUUGUUCCGCAACUAAUAACAAAUAUAGCUAACUGUCUUUGUCCAGUUAAUUUUCUUAUAUCUAUAAAACAAUUAUAGAAUAUUUCUGUUUUUGUAAUAUUUAUGAUUAUGAAUCCUAAACGAAAACUCGAAAAACGUAGUUAGCUGAAAUAUUCAAUCCACGUAAUAAUUAUUGUGUAUCCUUUUGCUCUACACUCUCCAGUGGACAAUUACUGUCGCUUGGUAUAGUUCCGAAAGUUAUUUAAUUAUAUCAUCAUCUUUUAUUAUACUACAUAAAGUAUUCGAAAUUUGCUAUAAUUAUUACGUGGAUCUAAUGUUUUUCAAUUAACGGAACACACAAGUAAAUGCAAUAAUACGAUAUUCCUUGUAAAUAUGUACGAUAAAUAAUAACUAAUUAAGGUACUGCCAACAAUUGAUAUCAAUUAUUAAAUGUAAAUUUAAGAAUGCCUUUAGUUUGCGGUUUUAUUACACGAAAUACGAAUCGCUACACGCUAUCAGAAGCUGACUUUACUUCCGAGUAAUCUAAAUAGAUAAUUCCCACAGUAAUUUGACCGCCGAUACAGCGUAAACAAAUUAAUUGUUAUAAAUACUAGAUGUCAAAACAUAACGGCAAAAUCGAACAGUUACAGAAAGCGUAACGUUCUAACAUUAAAGUUUUACUACACAUAGUUGUGCCUAUACCUAUUCACAUGUUAGUACCAAGUUAUGAAGAGGUCAAUAAUGUUUUGUCCUACUUCUAAAUAAAUCAACUGCCUAAUUAUCCUGAUAAAAUUGUUAUUCAAAAAGGAAAUGAAAUGCGGCGAUAGCCGUGUAUGGCUGCGUCUGAUACGUAAUUCGGUGACCAUUACUUUUUCCUCGUACAUAUUUUAGUGCCGGUACUAAAUUAAAUGGCGUGCUAAUGAAUUGAAACAUUGUAAGUAUUGUAAUUCAGUGUCAAAAUAUUUAAUUUUUACGUACAGUUUUGUGUCUUUGCAAAGGAAAUGGAUCUCUGAAACCUGGAAAGAAGUGGCGCUAGUGUAAUUUAGCCAAAGCCUUUUCUUCACAAAUCAGACAAAUCUGCAAUAAUACCGUUAUCUUAGUAAACUUGACAUCAGUGACACUCGGUUCUAAAAGACUAUGUUGAAGUAUACAAAAGGCUAGCGAUUAAGUUAAACUACCAUAUCUAUAUUUAAGUACCUAUCGUUCACAAAUUUUAUUAUUAUUAAUAAUUACCUAUAGAAAUUAUUCCUCCGUUUUUUUAUCAAGAUUUAAAUUUAUCUCCGCUGCAUAGAAUAAUAUAUCCACCUAAUUUUAUUUAGAUAACAGAACGUUGCAACAUGGAUAGUUGACGAUGCCCAAGAUUAAUAUGAUAAAUAUGAUAAUGACAAUGGCAUACUGUACCAAAAGUGUGAAGCAACCGUACGACACAGCAAGUAGCUGUGUCAACAAUGUUUUUAAUGUUCCCUAAAACUGUAGGCUUCAUUAUAUUUUGUGCCAAGCCGUUCGAAUACCUAUUGCAGCAAAAUGUGAAGUCCAUAUUAAUGAGUAUCCAUAUUAGUGGUGUUUUUAUUUCAUGUAUUUUAAAAAUAAUUCUAUAUAUUUAAUUUUAAUAAAAGUAAGUAUAAGUUUUUUCAGCGCGCACAACGGAUUAGACUAAAUUAUGAAAGACAAUAUCGUUAACUAUUUUAGAUUUAUUAUUUGUGUUUAAAAUAACACAGAGAUAUUAUUUGAUGUUAAUACAUUUGACUAGCCGCACGAGGCUAAUGGGUGCUCAGUUAAGUUUAAAUAAGCUUUAAAUAUAGGUACUUAUUUCCAUCAUUCCAACUGUAUUUGGUCAUAGGAAGCAUUUAUUAAAAAAUUGCUAUAGCCUGUAAAAAUCCUUUAUUACGUUUACUUUGCCUAGGCAUCUACGGUCCAUACAUAUUGUGAAGUGCAGCUCCCCAACACCACUGCCUCACAAACUAUAAUACAUAUUUAUUGCUCAAAAAAUUUAAUGAGCUUUUCGAUAGCUAUUACGGUUUUGGGGUGGUGCAUAUGUUUGUAGGUGUACGUUCUUACGUCAACGUUAUUAUUGUCAGCUGUCAAUAAGGUGCCACUGACAAAUGUCAAAUAAAUGUCAACCGUGCAAGUGGUAACUACUGUCUGAAACGACGCUUUGAUUUGACUAGCAAGAACUUGCAUGCAAUUUACGUUACAUUGCCGACUACUAAGUUGAACUGCGUUUAAAAGUUUGAUCAGAUACCGCAAUAUGAUGAAAAUUGCAAGCAAGUUCUUGCUGGUCAAACCACGCUUGAGAGCAAAGCUACGGGUGUUCAGAUAAUCAUGUAAAUCAAUAACAUUGAAAUAAGUUUAGCAGAAUUGAGAUAUACGAAUUUAAUGUGUAGGUAAAUUAGUAUUCUUUUUGUUAUCUUAAUUUUAAAAUAAAUUAUGAAAUGCAGCA